AUGUUUGCAUUAGCUAUUGUGACAACAGGUACAUCAACUGGUGGUAUGAUUUUUCCUGCUAUUGCCGAGCGACUGCUAAAUACCACGGGUUUUGGCUGGAUGAUUCGCGUGAUGGGAUUUGUUAUGCUGUUUAAUGCCAUUAUAAUUCUUCUCCUACUCCGACCGCGAGUGCCUCCCCGAAAGGGCGGACCAUUCGUGGAAUGGAAGGCAUUCCUAGAUCCUGUGUAUACAUUGUAUGUCGCAGGUGCCUUCUUCUGUAUCUGGGGAAACUUUGUUGUCUAUUUCUACAAUCGAUCAUUUGCUCGCAAUAUUCUUCAUACGUCCAGCGAUACUUCUUUUGAGCUUUUACUGGUUAUGAAUGCGAUUGGAUACCCUGGUCGGAUUAUUCCCGCAAUUAUUGCCGACCGAUACCUUGGGCCUGUCAAUACCCUUAUCCCGGCGGCUUUGCUUUCGGGUAUUGUCAUGGGAACAUGGAUGGCAGUAGAUAAGCUGCAAGGUGAAUGGGCGUUCACGAUUGUGUAUGGCUUCUUCUCGUCUGGUGUUAUGGGACUUGUCCCGUCGGCAUUGUCCAGCCUUACGGAUGAUCUCUCCAAGCUGGGCAUUCGGAUGGGGUUGGCAGAGCGACGUGCUCGAUAA